AUGCCAGUCACUCGAUCGGCUACGCGUGCCGCAGAACUUGAAAGCGAGAAAUCGAAUAUUGCCAAGCCUACUGCCAAAGAGACACAAGCUACCACCAAGUCAAGCACCUCAGCCACUCUAGGGAAAUCAGGCAACAAGGGAAAAACAGCCAAGCACAGGGAACCUAGUUCAGAUUCUGAAUAUGAGGAUCAACCUCAGGAACGCAGCUUUCUCGAAUGGAUAUCUCUUAAAGACUUGCCUAGUGGUGGAGAUGUUAUCCCCAACAGCGAUGAAGUUUUCUCUAUCUUACAAGAGAUGCAAAAACUGAAAGGAUAUAUAGAGAAAUGCUCUAUCUGUCCAGAACUACCUUACUGGUACCAUACAGAUGAGGAGUGGGCCUAUAAGCCCUAUCCCCUGAUCGGAUUUGAAGGUGGACGGUCUUUUUGGAUGGAGGAAAAUUCCGAGUAUCAAGGAGCGCCUGCUAAACGUUUGGUGUACUUCCUCGAAUUUGUCGAUAAAGAGGCGGAGCAAAACUAUAAAGAGAAGGUGAAGUGGUGGGGCAAACCUGUCAUUCGUAAUGGCAAGCCAAAUCCUAAUGUCAUGGUGAACUUCUUUCACCAGUUGGAAAAGCUCGGAAUGAUCGGGUACGAUUCAUUGCAUGUUCUCUUCGUGGAAGUUCUGCACUAUGUACCGGAACAGUAUGUCCAUGUACCGCCAUCCCGUUCAAGUUACACAGCGGACAAAGAAGUGUUACGCGAAAGGUACCGAAACUACACAGCGGAAAAUCAAGAGAUAUACGAAAGGUGGGAUUAUGAAUGUCUAAUGCAGCUUCCAAGAGACUCAGAUCCAGAUUUAUAG